CCAUUUCACUCUAAUACAUUACAUUUUAGGUACUCUAUUAAUGAGUUGUUUUUUAAACUACAAAAUUAUUUGACCUCUUAGUUUUUUAAAAAAGAUUUAUUUAUCUACUUAUUUUUAUUUAUUUGAAAGAGCAACAGAGAGAGGAAGAAACAGAGAUCUUCCAUCCAGUGGUUCACUCCCCAGAUGAUGCAGUAGCCAGGGCUGGGCCAGGCCAAAGCCAGGAGCCAGGAACUCCAUCUGGGUCUCCCACAUGGAUGGCAGGGCCCAAGUAUCCAGGCCAUCUUCUCUGCUUUCCUAGGUGCAUUAGCAGGAAGACAAAUUGGAAGUAGAGCAGCCAGAGCUCAAACCAGCACACCGAUAUGGGAUGCCAGCAUUGCAAGUGGCAGCUUAACCCACUGCACCACACCAGUCUGCUAGGUUUUAUGCAGAACUUGCAUGAAACAGAAAGCAGUAGGAGUUUGAAUGAAAGACAACUGUACCUUGCCACUUUUGACUGACCUGAGAGUCCCAAUUCACCGGACUCUAGGUUCCCUUUGCUAUUCUGUCGUGGAGGAGAGGGCCUGAUUUUAGACAGAGCUCUGAGUCAUAGUCUAUAAAAUCUUGAUCUAACAUUCAGAGAUCCCUGAACAUAGGAUUAUAGAUUUAAAAGACCAAAAUCUAUCUCAAUUUUCGAACUAGGUCUUAUAAAUUUUUCACAUGCUCUCUCUCUCUGAAUUUGGAAGUAAAAUAAACAGUAAAAUCAUACUUGUUCACGUCCAAAAUGUUUCAUCAUAAGCUAAUCAAUCAUCUUUAUAAAACUAAAUAUCCUUAAGCAAUUUUAAUUGGGUUUACCUUGUAAACAACCUUCUUGUAGAUUGUUAAAUCUGAUCUUGACUUAAUUGCUCUUUAAAGUAAAUAUAAACAGAAAAUCUGUUUCCUAUUUGCAAGAGUCUGUGCACCAUAUUGGUUAAGAGAGAAGGCCCCUGGGGCUAGGGCUGCUGUGCAGCAGGUUAAACAAAAGACUGCAAUGCCAACAUCCUAUACAGGUGCUGAUGCUACUCCUCUUCUGGUCCAGAUCCCUACUAAUGCACCUGGGAAAGCCGAGGAAGAUGGCCCACAUGCUUGGGCCUCUGCCAUCCAAGUGGGAGACCCAGAUGGAGUUCCAGGCUCCUGACUUCAGCCUGGCCCAACCAUGGCCAUUGCUGCCACUUGAGGAGUGAACCAGAGGAUGGAAGAUUUCUCUAUUUCUCUUUCCUCUCCCUCUCUCUUUGAAACUCUGCCUUUCAAAUAAGCUAAUGAUUUAGAGAGAGAAAGAGAGAGAGAAUCUUCCAACCACUGAUUCAGUCCCAAGAUGGGUGACACUGCUAGGGCUGGGCCAGGCCAAAGCCAGGAGCCAGGAACUUCUUCCAGGUCUCCCAUGCGGGUGCAGGGACCCAAGCACUUGGGCCAUCUUUUGCUACUUUCCCAGGUGCUUUAGCAGGGAGCUGGAUUGGAAGUAGAGCAGCUGGAUCUCAAACCGGCACCCAUAUGGAUGUCAACUUCACAGGUGGAGGCUUAAUCCUCUAUGCCACAAUACUGGCCUCCAAUAAAUGAAUCUUAAAAAAAAAAAAAAAAGAGGGCCGUAUAAUUAGAAAAAAUAAGUUAUGGUGGUCUGUUGCACAGUAAAGUGAUGACAGAUAAUGACAAUGUUCUGUGUAUUUCAAAAAAGCUAGAAGAAAGGAUUUUAAGUGUUUUGACCACAAAGGAAUGACAAAUGUUUGCAUGGAUAGGCUUAUCUUGAGUUGAGCAUUGCACAAGGUAUACAAGUAUGGAAAUAUCACAUGGAACUCCUUAAAUGUGUAUAAUUAUGUAUCAAUUAAAGAUAAAUAAAUAAAAGGAAAUAAAAAGAAGGAAGAGUCUGGAUUCAGAUAGCCUGUGCCCAACUUCUAGCUUGUAACUGUGUACCUUGGGCCAUGUAUUCUAACUUUUUUGUACUUGCAAUCUCUUGUCUACAAACUAGAAGCAUUUUAUAUCUCCCUCAGGAGAGUGAUACAUUUAAGUGAGUGAACGUAUAUCUGAAGCAUGAGAACAAGUACCUGACAUAAACACUUAACAAAUGUGAUCUUUUUUGCUGUGAUGUUUUUAUGCUAAGCUCAAAUACAAAUGCACAAUCAUAUAAUUUUUUCUUGGCUACCUGACUGGCAAAAAUCAAAUAUUGAUUCCAAAAAAUCAUAGGAAAAGCUUUCUGAAAUUUUUUUCAAUGACGCACUAACCAAGAAAUAUCCUUCUACAGUAAAUUAGGAACAUAUCUUAAGAUAUUAACAUGUAAUGGUAAAUGUGCUGAUUUUUCUCCUUGUAAAAAAAAAAAAAACUAAGUUCUUCUUGAAAUAAAUUAUUUGAAAUUCUUUCCACAGGUGCGAUGACUGUGUAGAACCUUCUGUCACUGUGAAGGGAACCACUUCGGCAAAAAUAGUCAAUUCACCCCUGGAAAAUCAACCUGUUGACCGUGCUUUUGUCCCCAACCCAGCAGUCAUGAGAGAGGGCGGUGCCAUUCCUCCUCCAUGGGAUAUUUCAGUCCUGGAGAACGAGUUCUUCCAAGUUUUAGAUGACUUGGAUAGCAAACUGGCUCAGGAACAAUCUGCAAGCUCACUAAGUACCAGAAUACCCCUCAACUGUGGACCAAGAACACAAUUCAACCAUUUUUACUCCAGUGAGAACACACAUGGUAAUAUCUCAGGAAAGCACAAAAAUCGCUAUAAUGAGACUUCCAAUAUGUCUAUCUAUGACAUCCUAAGACCAGGAACUCCUAGGGAAGGUUUUAAAACAUUUUCUCCUAGGACAAGAACAAUUUAUGAUAUGUACAGGACAAGGGAGCCCAGAGUCUUAAAAGAGGAUUAUGUGCAGAAGAAUACUUUCGGUAGUACUUCCCUGUGUUUCGACAGCAGGCAACGAUCAGCCUCACUAGCCACAAGGCAUUUCACAGCAAGAAGCUUACAUUCUCCAGCCACAACUGAGAAAAAAGGGGGGUUUCUACCACCAUGCCCCCAGCAGAGCCCAAAGCGAACUCCUCUAUCAUCUAUCAUAUGGAAUAGAUCAGAUUCUUCCAGAGAUGGGCAGAACCAAGGAGAGUUCCUGGGGACACUGUCACCAAUGGAAAUUGACCCUACUGAUGAGUAUAUAUAUCCCAGCUGUUUUCAGGAGAAUAGAAGUUAUGAACUAUACCAUUCACAGAAUGUUUGCCAAAGUAUUGGUUUCAAUGCCCCUAUGGAUAAUGCAAUGAGUCCUGACACAUUUGAGAACUCAGAGAAUAUGCCAUUCUACCAUGAAGACAGCCCAUUUGCUAGGUCUUUCUUUAGCAAUUCCUUUGGACAAAGAAGAGAACAGAGAUUUGGACAAGGUCCUUUUUGGGACCAACAGGCAGAACAUUCUUCAUGGUCUGACUUUCAUCAAAGGAGGAAACUAUUCAGUUCAUCUGACAGAGACUUUGAAAUGAUUUUCAUGGAAGCAAAUGCUGCAUCAGCUGUUCACAGCCACAGUGCCCCUUCUCCACCCUGGGGAUCACUUUCUCCCGGUUCUGGGACAAAUGUCUCCAGAAGCCAAGAAGGACCCCAUUCCUGGCAGUCUGAUUUCCAAAUGGCCUCACUGGAGAGCAUGGAGAUAACACAAGGUCAUGGAAACCAGUCUACUACUCAUUUUGGUGCACUAGAUGUUUGCAGCAAGACUGACUCAAGCCAUCACAUCAAAUCUGGUGGGUUAGACUAUAAGCAGAAUGUCAGCAAAGAACCUUACUCAUUUGGAACUACUCAGAUUCAAGCAUCCCCCUUCAAAACUUUCUUCCCCCAGAUUUCCGAUGAUAAAGGGAAUUCUCAGAGUCCCUACUUUCAGAAUCGCACAGUCACUGUGCAGAAGAUGAUUCCCGGUAAGCCUGUCUCUCUUCCAAAGAGAAGCCUUGUAGAAGUCAGUAUAACCAAUCAUGAUUCAGCUGAUUCUCUGCUAGGAAGCCCGGCCAAUGCUUUGGUGAAUAAUGAGAAAAACAUGAAUGACUCUAUUUCAGAAGAUCAACAACUGAACAAGAUGGACCAGACAAACAUGAUGGGUGAAGUAUCCCAACCUGUUUCACAGACCGUGAGCUCUGACGCUUUACCUGAGUUUCUAAAUCCUGUCUCCCGGGACUCCACCAAGAGUGACAGGUUUUAUUUCAAUGCACCUACCACAGUAAGUUCAAAAAGGGUACCCAGAAUCUUUUCCAAGAAAGAUACCUCCAAAAAUUAUGUAUCCAAUACAGAUAAAGCAAAUGAACUUCAUAAAGAGAAGAGUUGUACUGGGAACAGAAAUCUUGGCUCAGCAACUUCCCCACCUUUCAUCCGGGAGAGCAGAGUUCCACCAUCUUUGCCUAACCCAAAUCAAGUUAGUCAUGAAGAUAUUUCAAACAUUAUUAAAAAUAACCACUGGAGCUCUGGACCUGUGGACAAUCAAAACACACAGUCUCCAGUGGAGCCUGUUAUCUUAGAUACUGAGGGAGAACCACGUACUACCACUGAUUCUACCGAUGAUAGCAGGUUGGCUGCUGAGCACAGUGUGUCCUGUGAUUCUUUAGGUUUGGCAACAGGUGCGUCACCAGAUUCCUCCCCACCAAGUCAUUCUUUCCCCGAUGCUCUGGCGAGUCCUUCUACUACAGUGUCCUCCAAGAGAAGUCCUUCAGACAGAGAUCUGUCUCUGGGAGAAACCGAAGAAAAAGACAGUGCCAGCAAGAACCAAAAUAAUCAGCUUUCUGUAAGUUCCUCAGAAAACCAAAGACAUAAUGAUGGUCAUGGGCCUGUCCAUGACGAAGUGGCUGAUGCUGUCAAAUACUCUCCUUUCAGGAAUGGAAAGGGAAAAGGAAAAGUAAGACACCACAUAUCCUGUAUUGAAAAGUUAAGCAAAGCAGAAAGUAGAUCAGUACCCUCGAAUGACAAUGGUAGCUUCACUGAGAAGAAGCAAGGGAAUUCCAGAGCUUCUGAGCUUGGCACAAUUUAUUGUACCUUGCCAAGAAAAUCAGCCAGCACCUUAAUAAAUAGUAGGCAGUCGGAAAGUAAGAUGCUGGCUACUUCAAUUAGGAAUGGACCCCUUCCAUUUCAAGUCAGAAAUAAUGUGGCAGACCCAAAAGGGAAGCACACAUUCAGCCCACUCAGUCCCAGGUCCCCUGAGUCAGGAGGUGAAUGUGCCAAAAUGCUCUCUGACUCAGCCGCAGCAGCGCCUGGAGCCACGGAGAGGAAGACGAAUAUGAAAACCCUUCGAUCUGCUUCCGUGAGGAAAGGGCCGCUUCCGUUCCUCAUCAGGAGGGCUGUUUCCUGUCCCUCCGCAGAGCCAUGCGCCUCACCUGGCAGAGGCGAAGGGAGAAAAUCGCCCGUCUCAGACAGAAGUGCCCGUGCUGUAAGCCCAGGACCCUGGGGGAGAAUCGUGAACCCUCUCGACAGAGGCUCAUCCGCUCGAGAUUCCUUCUUAACCCAAAGACACCUCGCAAAGGAAUACGCGCACGGAUGCGCAGACGCCGCUGACGGAAUUCCCGCCUCCAGGACAAGCACAUUUUCCCUUUCAAAGGAAGACCCUUUACCUUUCUGUUCAGAUGUGCCAGGAAGUGAAGGUGGGAAAACGUUACAUAGAUUGAAAACUACUAGUAUAUUCUCUGUUUCUGGAGACGAAGAUCAUGUAAAGUGUCUCGAGGUGGUCUCGGUCUAUUACACUCUACCAAGGAAACCCAGCAAAAAAUUCUGUAACCUCCUUCAACAGUUCACACAAAAUGCUGAUUCGCUCAUAGACUCACCUCAAGUGGGGACUGAAACAUCUCCCAGUGCUUUAGAAAAAGACACACUAGAUUAUUCUACACGAGAGCAGCCAGGAACACCUUCGGGUGAAGACCCAAACAUGCCGGUCAGCUCUGCUCAGAACAGCCACUGCCUUCCUCAUCCCACUGAAAAUGUGUCUGUCUCACAAUUACCAGAUAGGAGGCCCGCAGAGCCUACCUUACAGGAAAUGGCUUCCACCGAGGCAAAUGUUUCUCUUAGAGAAUGUACAACCAGAGAGAUUCUCCCAGAUAAAUUAGCUAAAACUCCUCUAGGUGAUGUUCAAAGUAGGAUAGAGAGAGGAGGAACAUUGCAAAAUGAAACCCUGCAUACGUCAGUAAUGCUCCAGGGAAAAAGAGUUACAGAAGAAAAAUCUGAAAAUUGUCAAGAGUCCAUUAAUACAGGUGACAGGGAUCUCUCAGCCUGUUCACAAUAUAACAUUGAAAAUUCCCAAGCCAGAAGAAGUUCUGGAGAAUGUGCAGGUAGUGGUGUAGCCAUUACAGCUACUGGGAGUGGGAACUGUCCUGAGAAAGAGCACACAGCCACGGCCAUAGAUGAUAGCCCCACUGGCUCAGAGCCUAGGGAAGUCAGAGAAAUCAGAACAGGUAAUCAAAACAUGACUGAUAAAGCCCCCUGUGAGUCACAAGGCCAAGCCUUCGCUCCUACACCAGCACUGCAUAAAUUACAGCUUGCUGGGGACACUCACUCAGAUAAAACGGAUUUAAAGAGUCUGCAGUCUAAACUGAGAGAGUUACCCCUCGAGGGGCAGGAGGAUAGCAUAACAGACUGCAGGAAGGCUGAAGAUGCAUUGCACAAAAGGGAUCAACCUUCACUUCAUGGAGGAAAUAAAAAAAACAAAACCGACAUGGAUGACCUUGAGAAAGGGGGACAGAGAUCUUCGGUUAAACACAGAUUGGCAGAAUUGUCUAAAGCAAACAGAAAUUCCCCAGCUCAAGAUUUAAGUCAUAGAAGCCUUGUAGCUACCAUCUUCCCCCAGAGUGGGAGCAGGCCGGGCUUUGGCUGUUUAUCCCGUAGCACCUCAGAACAUAAUCGGCUGUUCCCUGAUUCUUCUCCAAAGUGCACGGAUUCCACAGGUGAAAGCAGGCUGAGUAAGGCUGGGCUGAAUGAGGAGAAAUCUGAGAACCCUGUCCAGGUCACCGUAAAAGUCACCAGCGAACCUUCUACAUACCCUAGUGAUCAGAGAUCUACCAGCAUUUCACAAGUACUUCAGAAUGAGUUUAAGAGUAUCUCAGCGUCUCCACCGAAGCAUGAGGAUUCUAAAGCAGCAGCAGCAGCUCGGAUUUUGGAAGUAGAGUCAGCGGUCCCAGCGCAGCUCCCGUUCACCAGCCUCAGGGUCACAGGCUGCUCCACCCAGCAGAGGAGACUCAGCUCUCCUUUCCCACUGGAGCCCGCCUGGAAAUCGACAGGAAGCAUCCCUCUGGCCAGCUGUCAGCAACGACAAAGGAAUCUUUCAUCACCAGAAACGGGGACUGAGCCACACCUCUAUCGUUCAAAGAGUUUGAAAAGCAUCAAUGUGCAUGGUGAUAAGCUAUGCAAAAGUCAGCCUCCGAAAGUCAGGGAGCGCCAUUUUUCCGAAAGCACCUCUGUUGACGAUGCCCUGAGUCGACUGACCCUCGGGAAUGAAUUCUCUGUUGACAAUGGGUACAGUCGAAGAUUCAAGUCAUUUUCUGAACUUCCCUCCUGUGAUGAAAAUGAAAAUUGGGCUUUGUAUGGUGACAGGACAAAAACAGGCCCCAGGUCCACAACCUCUAUAUCCAGACCUAUCGACUAUGGGAUUUUUGGGAAAGAACAACAGUUGGCUUUCUUGGAGAAUGUAAAGAGGUCACUCACACAAGGAAGAUUAUGGAAACCAAGUUUUCUUAAGAACCCUGGCUUCCUGAAAGACGAUGUAGUCAACUCUCCCACACCACCAGAUUCUUUAAGCUCGAAUUCCCCUAGGAGUCAGGUGCCCGAAGGUGACUUGUCCCCAAGUAAGCCACUUAAUAUCUAUGAGGAGGACCCAGUAGAUUCAGACUGUGACACCGACACGACCACAGAUGAUGAAUACUACCUAGAUGAAAAUGACAAAGAAUCAGAACUGUGAGAUUUUCUCAAUAAACUGCAUAAGAUUUUCACCAAAAGUCUAUCGUGGAACUAGUAUAAAAAUGUAUGCCCAUGAGAAGACAGAGAUAAAAUAUCUAGUCUGGGCAAUGUCUGCACUGAAAUAACCCAAAUUCCCUUUCUGCCUUCCACAUCCUGUAUAUAUACUUCCUCACUUACAGAACAGUGAAUUCCUGAUUUGAAUGAUUCUCAUUUCUCUCCUCCCUUUGUAUAUGUUCUUGGCCUGCCUUCCUGCACUUGUUUAAAUCUCUAAUGCACUGCAUUAUUUUGGCUUUGACUUUACUUUCUCCCUACUUUUCUACAUCUUCAUUAUGAUUUUUGCUUAUGAUAUCCCCCGCACAUACAAAAUUUAUUAGUCACCCAGCACAGCUGCCACAUUGCAUUUACCUUUCCUGUCCGCACCCUGUACUCGCGAUAUUAAAUGAAAUGUGGGGAUAGCAACAAUGGAGUAAACUUUAUCAUCUGCUUGAUUCAUCAACAUUUAGGAAGUUACUGCUUUUAUUUUUUGAAACAAAGAUAAAAGAGUUUUUGUGAGGGCGUCCGGUUAUAUCCAUAGUGGAGUCCAGGAGCCGCAUGUUUAAAGCACAUGAGGUUAUAGAUGAGGGGCUGAAGCCCUCUUAGCACUCCUAGAAAUUCCUCUACAACAGUUCGUGGGGAUUGGCUGAAUUAUUGAGGGCUGAAUUUUAAUCAAGACAAGGACAUCCUCCAUGCCACCCAAUGAUAGAGGCAAUGAUUUGGCCAUAGACUUUCUUCUCAGGAACAGAACUGAAGGACAGAAAUAAGUAACAUUUCUUCAUGAGACUGUCCUGCACUGUAGUCCUUUCAGCAACUGUUCUUCCCGGUUUCCCAGAACCACCCAUUUCCCAAAUUUUUUAUUUGCAGGUUAGAACACUUCUUUUCAGGUGGGUUUUUUGUUUGUUUGUUUUUACAGAUUUAUUGAUUUGAGAGUUACAGACAGAGAAGGGGAGAGACAGAGAGGUCUUCCAUCCUCUGGUUCUGACUCACUCCCCAAAUGGCUGCGAUGGCCAGAACUGGGCCAAUCCAAAGCCAGGAGCCAGGAGCUUCUUCCAGGUCUCCCGUGUGGAUGCAGGGGCUCAAGCACUUGGACCACAUUCCACUGCUUUCCAAGGCCACAACAGAGAGCUAGAUUGGAAGAAGAGCAGCCAGCACAGGAACUGGUGCUCAUAUUGGAUGCUGGCACUGCAGGCAAAGGCUUAACCUAUUAUGCCACAGUGCUGGCCCCCAGGUGGGGCAUUUUAGUCCAGUACAAAAUGAGAACCCUAGCCAAGCCCCUAAAAUGCUGUCAGUCCAGAUCUGACACUCCGAGAUUUACAGCCUCUUCUAAAGAAUCAUCUAUCAAACCUUCAGGAAAUUCUAACACAGAGCUCCCUGGAGCCAGUCACUGAUCAUUUUUUUUCAAUAAUUUAUUAAGAAUAAAUCACUUCUGAUAGCCACUGAUAAUUUGAAUUUCCUAAUUUUUUAGUUCCCAUGUAGAAUACCUGGCAAUUUCUCUCCUAAUUCAGGACAAAGAUCAAUAAAUGGCAGGAAAGAUAAUUUGCUAGAACCACAGACAACAUGCAAUCAUGAAUCUCAAUAGUAGGAUGAGCAAUACAAAUGGGUUUUAUCUCAUUUGUUUUAUUUUUGCUUCCUGACAUAAUCCUAUGGUCCAUUUUUCUCACCUACUCUGUUUCAUUCAUAUAAAUUAAGAAUAAUGAUAGGUGUGGUGAAGUAUAUAGGAUCUGGAACUGACAGAAAGGCAAGGAACAGUAAUAACAGACUAUUAUUAUCAUCCUCUAAUCAUUGCCUUGUCUAGAAACAAACUCCCAGAGCUAGAUUACGUUGCUCCCAGGAAAUCCACAAGCUAAUGAAU